AUGGCUUCUUCGCUCCGACAGAACCCGUGGCGGGCCUGCCAAUGCCUCACCCGUCAGCAAUUACGCACAACACGCCUGAGCUCCCGUCAUCUGUCCUCCAGCACCCUCCGAUCCAACAAUGCCACCAAUAACCCCCUCCGCUCCCGAGCUUCUGCCGCGCAGGCUUCCCAGCAAGCAUCCCAGGCCAAGCGGAAGAUUAUAUUCUCCGCCGCCGGCAUGUUGGCUUGCGGAGUCGCCAUGUACGGAGUCAUCAAGCUGGACUUGUUUGGACUAGAUGAAAUAGAAGCCAAGAAGCAAGACAGCAAGUCGGACGCGAACAAAUCCCCGCAACAAGAAUCCGCACCUACACCCCCAAGUAAUGGCGCAAUGAGAAUGGAUGGACCGGCCGGAUUUCCCAGUGGCGGACCGUCUGUAAUCACAAUCCAAGGCCAGGAUGGCCUCGAGCAAGUUCCAACGGGAACCAGCACGAUACCGCAUUUCCCCAGCGUUAUCCGCCUGCCCUCGCCCGAGCAAAUAGAAGGCCUGGGCAUCCGCACCGUCUCCUUCCUCUCGAUCCAGGUCUACGUAGUGGGUCUAUACGUCGCCAAAUCCGACAUCACCGAACUGCAACGACGCCUCCUCCGCACUGCCAUCCACCCUCCAUCCGACGAUGCCCCAGUCGCCAUCUCCGGCGCGGGCGCCGACGCCGCGACAUCCCUCGUCCCAUUAGAGCGCCAGCAACUCAAGGAGCUCCUCCUUGACGCGGACCGCGGUGAUGCCGCUUGGACUGCCAUUUUGAAGGAGAACGGUAUCCGUACUGCGUUCCGCAUCGUCCCCACUCGCAACACGGACUUCAUGCAUCUGCGCGACGGUUGGGUACGUGGUAUCGCAGCCCGCGCGCAGUCGAAGAAGCUUGCGCCUGGCUCGACCCAGCCCGGCGAGUUCCAGGAUGAGUCCUUCGGCACAUCUAUGAAUGACUUCAAAGCUGUCUUCAGUGGUGGCCAGCAGAAGAAUGUUCCCAAGGGCCAAACUCUUGUCUUGAUGCGAAAUGCUCAGGGCGGUUUGGAUGCGCUCUUCCAGACUGAUCCUGCCAAGCCGGUGCGCUUGAUGGGUCGGGUUCCCGAUGAGCGUAUUAGUCGUCUGGUCUGGUUGAACUACUUGGCUGGCAAGAAUGUUUCCAGUGAUGGCGCGCGGAAGAGCAUCAUCGAUGGAAUUAUGGCCAUUGUUGAGCGGCCUCUUGGAACUGUUGUGCAGAAGGUUAUCUGA